AUGCUGAUUACUAUAGAAUGCGUUAUACUUGCGUUACAGGCGGUUGCUGCAGUUCGACUUGCAUUACACUCACCAAUUGGAAUUGACAGUCCAUCAAACAAUAGGCUGUCAAAACGAUCACCCCUUGAAUUGGGUGGUGAUGUUAACAAAUGUUUCAAGAUAAAAGUCAAUGUUGAUGGAGUUGAUUUGAAUUUACGAGUCGAUUCAACAGUUUCUAAUAUGGUGGUACCACUUCCUAGUUCAAGCAACGAUGUAGGUUUAGCUAUACAAAGUAUUUCAAGUGGGGAACCCGUUAGUAUAAAGUACAAAGGCAAACAGUAUAAUGGAGUUACAUCCACAGCCGUUGUGACGAUUCCAGGUACUGGGAUAACUGGCGUCAAUUUACCAGUAUUGGCAGUUGAAAAACAAUCAGCAGAUUCAGUUGGUAUCAAUCCAAAGUUUGAUGGAAUAUUUGGGCUUGCCUAUUCCUCGUUGUCAAAUCAACAUUCACGAGUCACUGCAAUGGAUGCUUUGUAUAAUGAUGGUGCCAUUCCUAAAAACGAGGUUAGUCUUCAACUGUGUCCAUAUGGCAUGACUUCAGAAAGUUUCAUCAAUAUAGGAAACACGGACGUAACUGCAAAAUGCGAAACGGAUGGAACAAGUGUUGCAUGGGUAGAAUCGCCAUCAAACAAUCAGUUUAGUGUCAACAUCAAGAGUGUACUAGUCAAUGGCAGACCAGCGGAGCUGCCUGCUGAAUUCCAAAAAAAAGUGAAAGACGGACGUACUUUGUACUCGAGUGUGGAAACAUGCUUUUUAAAUAUGCGUUUUCCUGAAACAGUCGUGACAGCAUUGGUUGAUGCUAUUCUUAAUAGUAAUGCGAUCACUGUCAAAGAUAAUAUGUUAAGGAGCGAUUACCUUGACAAAAAAAAAAUUAAAAUGAGAUUAUGGAAAAACCAUCUAAUGCCCAGAUACAAAUAUACUAUUGAUUGGAGUAGGAUGCCAAGGUUUUCAAUUACAAUGUUUGCUCAAACUCCCGUAACUGAUGAAAAUCGCGAUUCCGUUGUAACGAUCGAACUAGGUCCUAGAGACUAUAUGCAGAUAAUCAGUAUUGAAAAUUCUGAAAAAUUCCUGUUUGCUGUAACAGUUGGUUCAAAUGAUUAUGCAGUUCUUGGCAUGUCAUUUAUGACCCGACUUAAAUUGACAUUUGAUUUACAAAAUGCACGCAUUGGGUUUGGUUCUGGAUGUGGAUGCGAAACUGCAACCAGUGAAUAUCCUACUAUUUCAAACAAUGAUCGGAUGCUUUGGCCAUUACCACAUUUUGGAUUACCUGAAGAACCAAGUACUUCAUAUGAAACACAAUAUCGCAGUAUAGUGUUGCGUAUUGGCAGGAUUCGUCGUGGUAGUAAGCGGUCAAACGUUGAUUACAAGAAACUUGGGGACUAA